CUCUUUUUCCAGAAGAGCUCCUAACUCCCGAGUCGCCCGGAUGUACGCUACAAAAUGGCUCAGUUUUCAAAACUUGUCUAAACAUUUCUGUUGAUAAAACUGAGGUACAUAUUGAACGUUAACUGACAGCAUAAGACAAAAUGGCAGCUCGAGAUCUAUCUAAAACCUUUGAGGAGUUCGAAUCUGAGGACAUCAGCUAUGAGACGUCAGUUCCAACUGAUUUGACGAUGUCCCCAGAGCACAGCGAUGGGGAAGGAUUGACGAAGAAAAGACACAUAACGAAACAGCUGAUUGAACGAAAGCAGCUGAUACAUGACAUACAGGUGUUGAAAAUUGAAGUGUCACAGAAAAAUCUGACAAUUGAAAACAUGAAAGCCGAAAGUUUAUCGCGCGUUGAGGAAUUGGAAGAGAAACUAAACGAUACUCUUCAUCAAAAACAGAUUCUGACAGCAAGGCUAGAGUCUCAGUUGCAAAUACAGGAAACAGAAUCGAAGAAGCGCCAGGAUCUUGUCAAGCAAGAGCUGGAGGCAGUUCGACGGCGACAGCAACAGUUGGAAGGUACCAAUGAAAGACUCCAGGAAAAGGCUGGUGAUGUGCGGCGCACAUUGAAAGACUUGUCACUGUCCGAAGAAAAAUAUUUUCAACUGAAAACGCUGACUGAAGAAGAUUUGUCACUGAGAGAUUAUGUCGCUAUGCGCCUGUUUGAAGCAGUGAAACCACUUCAGACUGAAGUUGAUCAACUACGUCUCAGCAAGCAGACCCUGGAGGAAGAGACACAGGUGUCGGCUAGGGACAUUCUUCAAUUACAGAAGGAACUGGAUGAAGAAAGACAAAGCCAUGGUGAACUUCGUGUGGAGUUUCAGAAAAUGGCAAUCAACUAUGCCGAUGUUAAAGGAAAAGUUAAACAUGAUGAUUAUAGAGUUGAAAACUAUGAUAGAGUUAAAGGGGAGCGGGAUAAUCUGGAGCAUGACAGCCUUGAUGUGCACAGACAGCUGUCAGUGUUGGAAGCAGCUCACUCCAAUCUGCAGAAGGAACGGGAUGAUCUCAGCAGAGAGCUGUCCUCCACCAAGCAGUCCCAGGCAUUGCUGAAGCAGGAUAAGGACUAUCUCACACGCCAAGUGUCUGACGUUUCCAACAAGAGUUCCUUUACUGAGGAAAAGAUACAGCAAAUUAGCAGACAGCUUGAGGAUGCUAAACGAGUAAGGGAGGAGAUGUAUGAGAAAUAUGUAGCCUCAAGAGACCAGUACAAAUCUGAGUAUGAGGCAAAGUUGAGGGACGAGUUGGAGCAGAUCCGUGUACGCACCAACGCUGAGAUUGAUCGUCUCCGAACUUCCACCAAAGAGAUGUAUGAGCGGGAAAACAGGAACCUGCGCGAGGCUCGCGACAUGGCGAUAUCGGAGCGGGAGAAGUGUCAGGCUGGAGAGAGGGAGAUGAAUACUAAAUAUGAACAACUGCUUAAUGAGUACCGGAAGAUGCAAACGUGUGGCGACACCCGUGUUGGUGAUCUUCAGAAUGAGGUGAAGUUGAAGACGUUCGAGGCUGAGCGGACACAGAUGGUCCAUGAGGAGACGGUGAAGAAUUUGCGUCAGAGUGAGAUGGAAAUAGAAAAACUGCAGAAGAAAGCAGAGGUUCUGAUCAAGGAGUACCACACCCUGGAGAUGACAAUGGAGAAGAGGGUGUCGGAACUAGAGUCUGGCGUGUCUGAGAGAGCCAUGAAGCUGGAGACGUACGAGCGGAUGGAGCAGGAACUGGAUGAUGUUGUCAUGCAGGCUGCUGAGGUUGAGAACGAAGAGGAUGCGGAACGGGUGUUGUUCUCCUAUGGGUAUGGAGCCAAUGUGCCCAGUACAUCCAAGAGAAGACUGCAACAGAGUGUCCACCUUGCUCGACGGACCUUGCACCUGGAGAAGGCCAACACAUCGUUACGACAUGAGAUAGAGAGGGAGAAACAGAAAAAUUCCCAGCUGGCAGAGGAGGUGAAGAAUGCCAAUUGUCUCCUAGACCAGUCCCAGCAACCCUACAACUAUCUUAUAGACAGUAUCCGAGUCCGUGAUGAUCAGAUGAGGAAGCUGAAGGACCACACAGCUCGGCUGGAGGAGGACCUCAGGAAAACAGAACGUGAGCGCACUGACAUGGUUCGAACUAAGAACCAGAUGUCCCUGGACUUGGAGAGGCUGCUUAAUCAGAAGGAGGAAAUGGCUGUAAUGAAACAAGUUGUGAUGAAUCUAUCGACUCGUCGUCAUUGUGACAAGAAGCCACAUGCAAGAGAACCUGUCAAGCCUAAAUCCAUGUCCUACAACAGUUUUGACAUGACAGAUGACCCCAAUAUUGACCGACCUGGGUCAAUUUCAAUGACAAUGCAGGGUUCACCAAGCUGGGCUGGCAAACUGAAAAAGAAGAAUGCUGGAGGUGGCAACACAAAACUGUCCAAAGUGUAUGGCAUUUCCAGCUCCUGAGGAGAUGACCAUUGAUCCAAACAUCCGUCCACUUGUCUUCUUGUUUCUCUACAGUGUAGAACACAUGAACCCUUGCUGUAAAAUGUAGAACACUUGCCUUUCUUAUAUCACACUGACUGUAUAGACCAUAUAUCGAAUAUGGGUAUUUAAUAGUUUCAAGUAGGGUUGUAGGACGUUCUAGUACGCCUGUCUGACUUAACAGAAUAGACAUUGUCAUGUAUAUGUAAUGUAAUCCACAUGGGUCAAAGAGAAAGAUUUUCUGGUGUGUAUAUUGACACAUUAUGAAAACGCAAGGUAGAAUUUAGGAAAUAACAUUCAGCAAGCUGACGGCAAGUUUGAAUCCUCAUUCCGUCAUUCACGUUGUUACAACUGGAAAUACACUUUCAGUUACUUGAUACUUAUCAAGAGUCAAAAUCCAUUAUUCGUUUUCAAAAGGUUUCAGUCUCUGAAUAUUUUUCAGUGGCAGGUAUAAGUGUUUUUCCAUUUCAUGGAAUCAGAAAAAAAGUCAUUUUUAACUGUUAAUUGUAAGGUCUGAGAAUAAAUUAUUAAGCCCAACUGAUUCUACUAUAUCUCCUCACCAAAAUAUUUAGGUGUCGGCUGUGAAGGAUGUGCAUAUAUUGCUGCUGACAGAUAGGGAAAAUACAUGUGGUGAAAGAUUGAAAAUGAACUUAUUCUCCUCGAAACUUACAGGUAUUGAAGCUAUGCAGUUGGGUCUAUAGUUGAAUUAUAUAUUAUAGGUGAGUUUCCACAGUAAUUAGUACAUAUGUAUGUAUUAUUAUCUGAUGUAUACAUGACCUUAGAAAGAUGAAUUAUUGUUUCAUGUAUUAGUUAACUCAUCUUGGUCCCACCUUUCAAAGAGAUAACUGAAAUAUCUGUAAAAAAAAUAAUUUUUUUUACACAAACAACACAAUUCUUCUAUUAUUAGUUGGGGGGCACGGGUGGCCCAGUUGUCUAAGGUGCACGACUCGCUGUGCAGAGUUGCGUCCCUUGGGCACACCUGAAACCUAUUAUUGUGUGUUCGAAUCCCGGUUCGCCACAAUUAUGUUUGUCAGCACCAUACCCG